GACAGUGAGCCUUGUAAGAGGAGGCAAGUCCAGGAAGAAGAGAGCGGGGAGUGAUCGCAGGAGGCUGAAAUUUCAGAGCAUAGGUUUGUGGAGCGCGCAGAAAUUUUCAAGUCGAACGAAGACCUUCGUUUCAAAUUGAACUAGCAACACAGCAAUCAUGCCUGUAGAUAUCGAGGACGAUCUGCUGAAGGAGAAGAACCCCCCUCCUCUCGAUGAAGACGACAUCGCCCUUCUUAAAACUUACGGAUUGGGGCCGUAUGCCGCUCCAAUCAAGAAGGCCGAGAAGGACAUUAAGGAUAUGGCGAAGAAAGUGAAUGAUCUAUGCGGUAUCAAAGAGUCGGACACUGGACUUGCCGCUCCUAGUCAGUGGGACCUCGUCUCCGACAAGCAGAUGAUGCAGGAGGAGCAACCCUUGCAGGUGGCGAGAUGUACGAAGAUUAUUAACCCUGGCGCGGACGAUUCGAAGUACGUGAUCAACGUAAAACAAAUUGCCAAGUUCGUCGUUGGACUUGGUGAGAAAGUGUCCCCCACGGAUAUAGAAGAGGGCAUGAGAGUUGGGGUCGAUAGGAAUAAAUAUCAGAUACAAAUUCCCUUGCCACCUAAGAUUGAUCCUAGUGUCACUAUGAUGACUGUUGAAGAAAAACCAGACGUCACAUACAACGAUAUCGGUGGUUGCAAAGAGCAGAUUGAGAAGAUGCGAGAGGUCGUGGAACUACCCAUGUUACACCCAGAGAAGUUCGUCAAGCUUGGUAUUGACCCGCCUAAGGGAGUGCUAUGCUACGGGCCUCCCGGUACUGGUAAAACUCUAUUGGCCCGAGCUGUUGCCAAUCGGACUGAUGCCUGCUUCAUCAGGGUUAUUGGAAGUGAACUGGUCCAGAAAUACGUUGGUGAGGGCGCUCGGAUGGUCCGUGAACUUUUCCAGAUGGCAAGAUCAAAGAAGGCGUGUAUUGUUUUCUUUGAUGAAGUAGAUGCUAUCGGAGGGGCUCGUUUUGAUGACGGCUUGGGUGGAGAUAAUGAAGUUCAACGAACUAUGCUUGAGAUAGUCAACCAGCUGGAUGGUUUUGAUGCUCGUGGAAAUAUCAAAGUCUUGAUGGCAACGAAUAGACCGGAUACCCUCGAUCCUGCACUACUGCGUCCAGGACGUCUCGACAGGAAGGUAGAAUUUGGUCUUCCAGACCUGGAAAGUAGAACUCAAAUUUUCAAGAUCCACACUCGCACGAUGAAUUGCGAAAGAGAUAUACGAUUUGAACUUUUGGCCCGACUUUGUCCCAACUCUACAGGUGCCGAUAUCAGGAGUGUUUGCACAGAAGCCGGCAUGUAUGCUAUUCGGGCGAGGAGGAAAACUGUUACGGAGAAAGAUUUCCUAGAAGCUGUAAACAAAGUUAUCAAGGGUUACCAGAAGUUCAGUGCAACACCCAAGUACAUGGUCUACAACUAGGAUAUUAGUAGAUCAUUUUGGUGGAACAGAUGCCGAUUACCUUGUACCUUUUUGCAAUAAGAAACUCUUCAUUUUUGUACAUUACAGAUUUGUCAUCCGGGCAGUGGAAUGAGCUUUAUAUAAGUAUUGCUGGCAAGCUCAAUGCUGAGCUUCCUGUAUGAAGGCUGCAGUCUCACGAGGACAUGUAGUGCGUCUUUUGUUUCAUCCAUACACCGGCAUUAAAGUUGUAGAGUGCACCCAGUGGG